AAAGUAGCACUGUAAAAAGAAUAUUUAAAUAUCUGUUUUUGAUAUGGUGUAGUUGUGUUUAUUAUACUAUGAGAGAUAACUAAUAUGUUUAUGGCGAAGUUAGAUAGCGACAGUAGCAUGAUUUUGUGCAAAUAGAAAAAGUAUAGAUCAUCGUUUAUACUGGCUACAGUAAAAUUGAUAAGGCGCUGAUACAAAGCAUGGCGUGCUCCUUCACGGAUUCAGUCGAUCUGUUGACUACGAACGAUAUACAUCGUGUAUUUAUGUUACUUCGCGAUUAAAUAAACGUAAUUAAUUGCUUUAUUAGACGAAUUGUGUACUAUAAGAAAUACACUGCUAUUACAGGGGAAGGUUUAAAUAAUCUUUUCAAUAAUAUCAAGAAGCUCAUUUAGACAAUACAAGUUUUCUAAAAGUAUUCAGAAUUAAAUACUUCAAAAUACGCAAAGUUUCACUGAUAAAUGAUCAGUAUAUUUAAUUAGUGAUAGUGAGUGUUACUAACAGUGAUCCAGAGAGUGUUUUAUGCUUCACCUUCACAGAGAGAAUGUCAACGACGCCAUUAAAAAUAGAUAUAAUUGAAGAGAGUACGCGUCCGCGAGACUGGGAGCCUCGUAGGUUGCAGUACAAGGUGCCACUGAGACUCUUACGAUUAUGUGUAUUGGGAAUGAUCCUUCCUUCUAUACUAGUAGCAGGACCGAUGUAUUUGCGAUAUCGUGUUUAUUCCGAACAACUGUAUCCCCUAAGUGUCUCUGAUCAGAGACUGAUCGACGCAAAAGUAUCCACCACUUGGUGCCAGCGGCAAGUGAUCAAAGUAAACGCGACUUUUAACGCCUAUUUGAUGAACGACGAGCCAAAAGUGAAGAGUGAGGUGUUUCCUGUGUCUAUGACCAGACACUUGAUCCUGGAGGACGACAUGAAGGAAUAUUGGGGGUUUUAUCUUCUUCGUGGUAGCACGGUCACUGUUUCUACUUGUGUAAGAUGGCCUGGUGCAUCUCUGACGAUUAUUCGUGGACAUAAACAUCUUCACGAAUGUGCCUUCAUUGGGGAUGAUAGCAGUGAAGAGUUGGAAGAGCUACUGGAAGUUGCUAAAGAGAAUGGACUUCUUACUGUUAAUGGGACUGAUGAGCGCGAAAGUCCUAGUAACGAGCCAGAGAAGAUGAAGAGGGCUCACCAAGGGGUACAAUUCCAUCACAAGGGCCACGCUAAUCUCUUCAACAGCUCAAAACACCUUACCAAUACCCUGAACCAUCAUUACAACAGUCAUGAAUUGGAUGCCAAAGCUAUGAGAGCGAUUCUCAGCGAAUUGUUCGCUAAAACUCUGGACACGAAGAAGAAGCAAAAGGAGAAUCCUCAUCAUCAUUACGAAGGCACCUUCGUAGAAGUCGACAAUAUUGAUAAACCACCUACUCAAUAUUCAUCAGAUUUAAAAGACCAAAAGACGAAAACGAAUAAUCAGAUGGAGAAUAAAUUGAUAGAAACUUUGGAAGAGGUUUUAGAAAAACAUGAAGCUUCUGAGAAAGUAGCUUUACCUAGUAUCGUGAAGAAUGAAGGAGAAAUAUUGGAGGUGCAUGGUAAACUUGAACAUGGAAGUGUUGAGAAGAAUCACACAGUUAAAAAAAAGAUAAUUAAUGAACCACCAGAACCUACAUCUGCAGAAGUAUUCCAGGAUGUUUUAAAUAAAAUUAAUUCUCUGGGUUUUCGUGGUAAGAAGAUUCUGAAGAAGUUGAUGGAUGAGAUCGAAGAAAAAGGUCCUGAAGGUGAAACAUUACGAAGAGUUGUGAAUGAAACGAUGAAUAAUAAAAAAUUGUCAGAUGCUGAGAAACUUAGAAGACGAAGAGAUUUGAUUCUGUCCUCGCCUCUUAAUAAGGAGUUGAAUGAAGAUGAUGAAGACGACGAUGCUGCCAUUGAAGAGGAUAUGUUGCACCCAGAUGGAAUAGCCGAAGACAGAGGCACAGUGAACGAGACAACGUUAAACGACAGAAGUAAUUCGGAAUUCUGGAGCUCUUUCAGCAGUUCCGAAGAACGUCUUCUCGAUUGCAAAGGGUUGAUCCUAAAUUUACCCCUAACACCCCAUCGGCAUUGUACUCCGAAACACGAAAAGGAACACUUAGCCGCUUCGUUUGCCAACACGGUUACGUACAGAGUACCCAUGAACGGAUACUAUUUCUUCGUCUUCAACUCUGAGAACGAGAUCCAACCCAACUACCUGCGGGUACGUUUCGACUUGCUGAAAACAGUCUACAACAUCUCGAAUCCGGUUCACGCCUGUCAGAACAGUACAAGCGAGUGUUCUUUACCGUUCAGAAUUUUUAGUAACGAAAGAACUGUUUUGGAAUUGCCAUUGAGCGGCAAUGAUUCACAGUGGAAUGAAGAAUACGUGGUGGUAUCAACAUGCGAGCCUAGAACAUCUGUUUACUUGCUCUGCAUUAUAUCGGUUCCUUUACUCAUCCUCCUAUUUGCUUUUCACUGACAAUCGCUUUGAAUCAGUAGAAGAUGAACAACAGUAUUCAGAUUUCCACGAUGGUGAACGAUGAUCACUUGUAAAUAUUACUUAGCUUCAAGGCGAACAAAGUGGGAGGACAAAGCGUUUGUCACGAUUACGAUUGCUCAACAGUAUUUGAAUUGGCAGAGGAAAAUAGUGAGGUUUUAGUUGAUAAUGAAAGACUGUAUUAUUAAUGAGUUAAAGAAAGAUUCACGUUUCAAAAAAAUAUUGAAACAUGUGAUAAUGACAGUCUAGGUUUAAGUGUACUAUGUGAUAUGUACUUUUGAAGGUAAUUAGUAUUUAGUCGCUUGUUUGAAAAUACGCUUGAUAGAUUUCUUUUUUUAAGUUGUUUGCGAUAUACUAAUAGAUUAGGAUCAAUUGAUACUUAUCUCUUACGUCAACGAAGAGUUAAAAGUUUUUCUUUUGCUAUCAAUUAAAAAUAUCUCCACUUGUACAUUUCGUUCUUGUUUUAUCUUCAAUGAAUGACAUAAUUUCGAUCGCAUUUGACUAGUUUUAAUCAAAUUACUUUAACAAGUGUUUAUAUCAAAAUAUUCCAUUUAUACAGGUAUUAAAUGCUGUCGAUCGAAAUCGAAUAUUACAAAUUCA